AUGCAAGAAACGGGACAGGAGCAACUGCAGCGGGGAACGGUUUGCAAACCAAUACGGACGAUAUCUGAAGCUGCUUCUGGGCGUCGGCGGCUCAUGUUUGGCAAAAAUGUUCAACCAGUAUUGGACGAAAUGCCGCCUGAGUCAAUUCCUCCCUUUUAUGGACCUUACAAGUAUCGGUGUGCCAUCUUUGUCCUCAUGCUGCAGGACCACGCCACGGCAACUAUCAUCCGUAGUGGCCUCGCGAUGCCACCUAGUCGCACAUCCGUGGCCCGAUUGGGUCAGAACCAGGCGUCGUUCCGAGGGGGAACGCAGGACGUGGGCGGCAUGCUAAUGGGAGAUGACAACCGACUGUACGGCGCAGCGUUCCCGGGCUCUCCCCUUGUAGCAGCAAGGUCCAGCCUUCUAGACAGAUCUCUGCCGGCAGUUCGUGCAGCGGCGGCGCUGGAGGAGGAGUUGGCGGCGGUAAAGGUGAAGCUGACGGCGGCACGUGAGGAGCAGAAGAAGGCGGUGGCGGCUGUACGGAAGCUAGAAGGGGAGGUCCAAGAGGAGCGGGCGGCACGGCUGGAUCCGACUCUCUGGAUGAGUGGGGCUGAACCCGCCAGCUCAUCGUCCCCGAAGAGUGGCGGCGAGCGGCGAACAUACACAGGUCGUACAGGCUCCGUCGCCGCCGUCGCCGCCGCCAUCGCCGGCGACGGCGGCUGGGAUGGCGACACUGACGCCGCCGCCGCCGCCGCCGCCGGCGGCGGCGGCGUGAGCCCCCGACGGCCGCGUCCCGCCUCCGCCUCCGCUGCCACCUCCCCUUUGGUGACAUCGUUGAGGUGGGAAGUACGGCAGCUAACGGCCACAAGGGACGCGCUGGCGAGUCAGCUGGCGGAGCUGAAGGCUUCCUCCAGGGUACAGAGGUUGCAGGAGCUGCAGGCCGAAGUGGAGCGGUAUCGCGGGGAGGUGUCCCGCCAGAUGGGGCUUAUGCAGCUGAUUUCCAGCCGGCUCGAUGCGGCGGAGGGAGAAGCGGCGGAAGCCCGGGCGGCGCUGCAAAGCCGGCAGCACGACACGGCGGCGGCGGCGGAGGGAGGAGAUGGCGGUGCCGUACCGCUGGCCCUGCCCCCCGGCAACAACCUGUCCAAGAACACCGUCCGGCUGGCGCUCGUGGUGUUACAGAGGGCUCACAAGCUCAUUAUGGCAGAGGCCCGACUAGUAAAGUCCUCAUUCCCCCCGCAGCUAUCGCUCCCUGAGCUAAGAGAGCUGUCCAUCCAGCGGCCCAACACGGCCGGGGCCGUGGAGGCGCUCGUGUUUUUAAACUCACACAUCGCCAGAUCGCAGCUCUUUCAAAGAUGGGGCUUCCUAACGGCGGCGGCGCCGGCGCUGGGGGCAUUUCGAGUAUCAAGGCUGCGAGGGCGGCGGCGGCGGCUCUCACCGGGGAGGACCUCCCGGCCAACAAGCGCCACCUCCCGUGCGACGGCGGCACCGACCCGUGGGUCAGCAACAACGGCGGCGGCGGCGGGUGGUGAUGCAACGCGGCUGGGACGAGGCGUACUGCUGACGCCGGAGGCCGGUGACCCGGCGGCGGCGGAUCAAUUGAAGGAGAGGUUGUCGGAGUCCGUGGCGGCGCUGGCGGCGGAAGCCCGCGAGAGGGGUUUGACGGAAGCUGAGCGGGAGUCGCCGCGGGGCAGUGUCAACGCCGCCGCCGCCGCCGUCGCCGAAACGGGCUCGGCAGCUGCUUUGAGCCGUCAGGACUCGACGCGCUCAUCCCACAAGGGUACGACAGGGUACGGCAGCCGUACGAGCGGCAGCGCCGCCGGGGAUCAGCAGCAUCCUCGUCUAACCCCCUCGACGGCGGAAGUGGAAGCGGAAGAUACGGCGGCAGUGGAGUCUGAGAGGGGGGAGCCGUCAUCCCACCGGCAUCACCAUGAUCACCAUGAUCAUCAUCAUCAUCAUGAUCGUCAUGAGGGGCCUUGUGAGCCGGAGGAGGCGCAGCAGCAGUACAUUGAAGUGGCGGACGAGGCAGCUGGGGAAUCGGAGGCCGAUGGGUACAGUGGAGGGUACGGCGACGGCGGCGGCGGUGAGGCAGAGGUGGCGGAGGCGACUGAGGAUCGCGAUGUAAAUGUGGCGGCGGAGGAAGCGGCGGCGGCGGCGGAGGCGGCGGCGGAGGGAGAGGGCCGAGAGACCUACGAGGAUUACGACGGUGUUGGCGGCCAGGGUGGCGAGGGUGACGGAGGAUAUGCGGCGGGUGCCGACGGCGGCGGGCAGGAGUACGGCAGUGCCGGCGGCGGCGGCGAGCAGGAGGCGGGUGGUAACGGCGACGGCGAUGACGACGGCGGGAACCAGUACGGCGACGGCCACGGCGGCGAAGACGGUAGCGGGGCUUAUCCGAGCGGCGACGCCAUGUCCGGGGCCCCGUGGUCGGGGGGCGAGGGUGUGGGUGAGGGUGCGGGUGGAGGUGGAGGUGGGGGGACUUUGGCCCUAGAACAGGAAGUUGAGGGUGAGGGUGAAGCAGCCGAGGAAGUUGGGGUUGGGGGAGAUGGGGGCCAGGAGGAGGGGGUAGUGCAGCUAGGUGACGAGGAGGAGGACGCCGCCGCUGAGGAGCCUCUCGCCAAUGAUGGUGGUUACGAGGAGGAGGAGGAGGAGGGUUCGGGGGAUACCCGGCUGCAUCAUCGAAGGGAAGGUGCCCGUGGUGCCGGUGUUUCGGUCCCAAACCUGGCCAUCCUCCUCAAGCCUCUUACUGCGCUGGAGUUCAGUGUGCCAGCGCUGGAGUUCAGUGUACCUGCACCUAAUGCCUGCGUGCCCUCGUAA